GUCUGAUUCUCUCUUCAUAAUGUGAAUCAGUAAAGAGAAGGAAUGAAGCUGGGCUGCUACUGCAAAAGGAAUCUACUGCUUGAACAGAAUACCAUUAAGGGCUCCAAGUCAGAAGAUGGCAAACUUUUGCUCAAACCUGAUUUUGUAUCGUAAAGUCCUUUACAUGGCCAUCAUUGCAGGCGUGGGCGGAACCUUCCUUUUUGGAUUCCAAGUCUCUGUGAUCAAUUUCACUUCACCAUACAUCAAGGCAUUCAUCAAUGACACCUGGGUGGAGAGAUAUAACGCUCCUGUCGACGAAGAGCGCCUCAUGCUCCUAUGGUCGUUCAUUGUGUCUAUCUUCAGCAUUGGAGGACUGAUAGGAUCCUGGUCUUCAGGGUAUCUGUCUGCAAAAUAUGGGAAAAAGAACUGUCUAAUAUUCAAUAGCCUACUUAUGAUGGCAGCGGCAGUGACUGUUGGUACCAGUGAAAUAGCAAAGACCUUUGAAAUCAUUCUGCUUGCGCGACUCCUAUAUGGUUUAAGUGCAGGUCUUGGCUGCUGCAUCCAAGCUCAAUAUCUUGCAGAAAUUUCUCCUAAGCACCUCCGUGGUUUCAUCAAUGUCUCUCUUGCAGUUUUUGCAACCCUGGGGAAAUUCCUAGGACAAGUGGCAGGACAAAAUGAACUUUUGGGGACUGAGUCUCUCUGGCCACUCCUGUUGGCCAUCAAUGGAGUUUUAGGUUUGGGGAUCCUGGUCACCACUCCAUUCUUCCCUGAAUCCCCACCUUACCUUUUGACCCAGAAAAGAGAUUUAAAAGGCUGCCUGAAAGCUCUAAAACAGCUAUGGGGUGAAGGGGAUCACCAAGCAGAAGUGGAUGAUAUGCUGAAGGAGCAGGCAUCCAUGAAAGAAGCCAAAAUCAUGAAUGUCUGGGAGCUCCUGAGAGAGAAGUCCAUGCGGUGCCAGCUAUACCUGCUGAUUGCCAUAGGGAUUUCAUUAUCCCUAAGUGGUAUCAGUGCUGUCUACUUCUACGCUUCUGAUGUGUUCAGUACUGCUGGGUUUGAUGAAGGGCUUAUCUCCUAUGUGACUAUUGGGAUAGGGGCCUGCGAGCUAUGUGCUACCAUUUUCUGCUUCAUCCUCAUAGAGCAUUUUGGUAGGCGGAAACUGCUACUGUGGGGAUAUGGUGUUAUGAUCCUCAUCUUGGCACUCCUAACAGCUGCGCUCUCUCUACAAGACAGAGCCUUCUGGAUACCCUACUGCAGCACUGGGCUCAUCUUCCUCUUCAUCCUGGCCUACGGAAUGGGUCCUGCUGGAGCAACAUUCCCUGUCAUAAUCGAACUCUUCACAGUGUCGUCCAGACCUGCUGCAUUAGUCAUCUCCAUGAGUCUCCAUUGGAUGGGAAUAUAUUUGCUUGGGAUGCUUUUCCCGUAUGCAGCGCUCCAUCUGGGUACCUUCUGCUUUCUAGUUUUUAUGGGUUUCAUAGUAAUCUCCUGGAAUAUCAUCUUCUGGUUUCUCCCAGAGACAAAAGGCAAGUCAAUUGUUGAAAUCCAGGGAGAAUUCAGCAAAUCAAAAAGGGGAAAGAAAAAGGAAGCUGCCAUGAUUAACCAUUUGUACGAAGAUGACACAGUGUGCACAAAACUCUAAAAGGCUUGGAAGAAGGGGUUUAUUACAAGGACAGACUGGAUGAUCACAAAUGGGCUAGAUUAAAGAAGUCCAGAAAAGACUAUUCCUUUGAGAGAGUCUUUGUUACAGCAGUUUCAAUUCAGAAGAAUAACGUAACACGGCCUUCCUUGGACAGUACUGAUUCAAAUGCAGGUGAGAGGGAAUUCCAAAGUAAAACCUUUCUGCAUGCUGAACUACAAAUACACCCCUUGUUAAAAUAAAUACAACAACUGGUA